AUGUUCUCGCGCGCCGUUCGACAACGACUAGCCUCCGCCGCAAAGAGGAGGACUCUAGUGAAGCAGCCACAGCGACGAUGGAUCACGCCAGCUCCCAAGCCCGGUGACGGACCUCUCAUGUCCCGUCGCGCCGAUCGCGAACUGCCUCACGUGGAGCAGGUCACAUUCCGCUGGGGUCGCACUCUGCCCAUCUUCCUCGUCAUCGUCACCAUCUCGAGCGUCGCCAUCUUCAACUACCAGAAGUCGUCCUCCCCCGUGACGGCUGGCACGCUGUAUGCUCUGCGCACCAAUCCCCGCGCCCGCGCGCUGCUCGGCGACGACAUUUACUUCAAGCACCAGAUCCCCUGGAUCCAUGGUGAGAUGAACCAACUGCACGGCCGCAUCAACAUCUGGUUCACCGUCAAGGGCACCAAGAGCACCGCCGUCAUGCGGUUCGCCAGCCACCGCAAGACGGCGAGGGGCGUCUUCGAGACGACCGAGUGGAGCUUGGAGGGCGCGGAUGGCACAGUCAUUGAUCUCCUGGAGGAGGGCGAUCCCUUCAGGAAUCUCAUGGGCGACGACGACGACUUCGUCAUCCCCGUAGCUGCGCAAGACGAGGACGCGAUACGUGGAUUCAGGCAGCAGCCACCAUUGAAUCGGUAG